CAUGUGUUGUAAGUUUAUCUUGAUGAAAAGCAUAUUUUAAUUAAAAAAAACUAAACGAAUAGCAUACUAUUGUGUGAAAAAAAUAACAUAUUUGAUGUACGAAUUAUCAUAAAGAUUUGUGUUUUUAUUAAAAUUACAUUUUUCAAUUAGUACAGUAGCGGACAACGUGCGUUAGAAGUUAAAUUAAUGAAAUACAUUUUUAAGGGGAAAAAACGAAUAACGUACUAUUUAAAAUAAAUAAAAAAUAAAGGUCAAAUAUAUAUUUAAUGGUAUUUAACAGCGUGUUAACAUCAUCCGAUACAGAUUAGUCCCAAUCAACGAGUUGACUCCGUGCAAAAGGCGAUGUUAGGAGCCUCCCCGCCGCUAGAUGGCGUAGCGCAUGUCACAGUCAACCCACUAACAUCCGAACACAACAUCCGGUCUUACUCGCCAGCUUGUUAGCUAAUUGCUAGCAAGUCAUAACUUUGUUUUUUUUCACCCGUGGAAGGAAAGGAAGUGAGUGUGAAGUACUCAAGUAAUGACAUUCAUUAAGUUAAAGAAAGAAAUGAGAAAAGUGUGUUUAGCUGGCUAACUUGGUGAAGCAGUUGGACCGUAUCACUGAAGUAGAAUGAGUCACCAAGGACGUCAAAAUAAUAUCCAACCGGCGGACAUUUAUCCAUGAAAAUAUGGAGAAGCUGUUCGGAGGAGAUAAUAUAGUACACAUCCUGGUCCUCAUUGUGCCGCCUAAUCCCCGCCCCAUUGUGCUGGCUGGAAUGUGAAAAGCGCGGGCGGCGACAGAAGGAGGAUCCGAGGCGGCGCCUGCUCACUCGGCCACAGCGGUCACUCUCAGCCCGCCUCUACUCGACUGGCUCCGCUUCUCCCCCGUUCCACCUCCUCCCUGCCGGGGGAAGCCAGAGGACUCUCCUGGUGCCCUGCAGAGCGACGGCUGUCUUUAACUUUGCCGUCCUGGUCGGCAACGCUACAAAGCCCAGGCGUCCGCCCACCUCCUUUCCUCGUCUCGCCCGAGCUCCGGCAGCAUGGCCGCCCCCGCCGGCGCGGAGGUGAAGGAGCUCAACCCGGUGGACUUCAUCCAGCUCCAGCAGUACAUUGAAUAUUGCAGCCUGAAGGUGAAAGACGUGCUGCGGGAGUUUGAUGCAGAUGGCCGCCUUGCCCGCCACAGGCACGGAGAGUGCAUCAACGAAGAAGGCUUUCGUCUUUUCCUCAAGACUUACUUGGAAGUGGACGACUUUCCGGCAGAUCUGUGCCAGCGGCUCUUUCGCUCUUUCCAGAACUCAGAACCCGCCCAGCUAGACUGUGCCAAGGAGGUGUUUCUGAAGGAUGUUUCCUGUUACUUCUCCCUGCUGGAGGACGGUCAGCCGCGGGACAAGUUGGAGUUCGCUUUCAAACUCUACGACCGAGACGGCAACGGCGUCCUGGACAGCUCGGAAGUGGACAGAAUCAUCGCCCAGAUGAUGCACGCCGCCGAGUACUUGGGAUGGGACGUGUCCGAGCUCAGGCCGGUGCUGAAGGACAUGAUGAAGGCGAUCGACGCUGACAGCAGCGAUACGGUCUCUCUGGAGGAGUGGGUGGAGGGAGGCAUGAACAACGUGCCCCUGCUGGUCCUGCUGGGCUUGAAGAUGACCCAGACGGACGGUCAGCACUUGUGGAGGAUGAAGCAUUUCAACAAGCCCGCCUACUGCAACGUGUGCCAGAGCAUGCUGCUGGGCCUCAGGAAGCAAGGCCUGUGCUGCACCUGCUGCAAGUACACCGUGCACGGCCGCUGCGCCAACAGGAACCCGGCCCCUUGCGCCAGAACCUACGUCAAGUCCAAGAAAGAAACAGGGGUUCCCGUGCACGACUGGGUGAGCGGCAACUGCGACUCCAGGAAGUGCGACAAGUGCCAGAAGAAGAUCAAGAGCUUCCAAGGCCUGACGGGCAAACACUGCGUGUGGUGCCACUCCAUGCGUCAUGACGCGUGUGCGGCCGAGGAGCCCAGCGAGUGCACGUGCGGCCCGCUCCGAGACCACAUCCUGCCUCCGUGGGCCGUCUAUCCUGUCAUUAAGGACAGAUCCAACAACGGCUGCUCCGCUCAGACGGACGACGCUGAGCUCAACACAACUCCUGACGGACAGAUCCUCCAGAUCAGCCCCGUGCCCAACACACACCCUCUUCUUGUGUUUGUCAACCCCAAAAGUGGAGGCAAGCAGGGGGAAAGGGUCCUGCGUAAAUUUCAGUACUUGCUGAACCCUCGACAGGUGUACAACCUCUCCAAUGGCGGACCAGCGGCGGGCCUGAGCUUCUUCAGGAACAUUCAGGACUUCAGGAUCCUGGUGUGCGGCGGCGACGGUACAGUGGGAUGGAUUCUGGACGCCAUCGACAAAGCCAACCUGCUGGUGAAGCCGCACGUGGCCGUGCUCCCUCUGGGCACAGGAAACGACCUGGCUCGGUGUCUGCGUUGGGGAGGAGGUUACGACGGUGAAGACCUGAGUCGCAUCCUGAAGGACAUCGAGGGCAGCUCCCAGGUUCUGAUGGACCGCUGGAGCGUGCAGGUCAUCACGGAGGAGGACCAAGAGAAGGGCGACCCCGUGCCGUACGAAAUCAUCAACAACUACUUCUCCAUUGGCGUGGACGCCUCCAUCGCUCACCGCUUCCACAUGAUGAGGGAGAAGCAUCCACAGAAGUUUAACAGCAGGAUGAAGAACAAGCUGUGGUAUUUUGAGUUCGCCACCUCGGAGACCAUCUCGGCCUCCUGCAAGAAGCUCAGCGAGAGUCUGAGCAUGGAGUGCUGCGGGACUCCUCUGGACCUGGGCGCCUUCUCCCUGGAGGGCGUGGCCGUCCUUAACAUUCCCAGCAUGCACGGCGGCUCCAAUCUGUGGGGCGAGACCAAAAAGGGGGACGCUAAGGGGCCGAGCGGUCAGGACGAGCCCGACGUCAUCGUGGACCCGGAAGUCCUCAAAGUGACCGGUCAAGACCUGAGCGACCGCCGACUGGAGGUGGUGGGCCUGGAGGGCGCCAUGGAGAUGGGUCAGAUCUACACGGGCCUGAAGAGCGCCGUGAGGCUCGCCAAGACGUCGCAGCUCACCAUCAGGACCAAGAAAGCGUUGCCGAUGCAGAUCGACGGGGAACCGUGGAUGCAGCCGCCGUGCACGAUCCACAUCACACACAAGAACCAAGCGAGCAUGUUGAUGGCUCCUCAGGCCAAGUCGUCAGGAUUCUUCAACUACAAAUAGAAGCAGACUGUUUAGCAAACAGCACCAUAAAGUUAGUAGUAUUCCUAAAAAUAGAUUUAUAACAACUAAAAUCCAGGGCUUAAUAUAUUCAUUUUUUGUUACAAAUCAGAAAUGAACAUAAGAAAAAUAAGAUGCCAUAAAAGUGAAUGUAUCGCCAUUUACAACCAUGUGACUUCUCACAGCCAAUCAGAUCAUCUGAAUCAAAAAAUCAUACGGAUACAUUUUUUUUUUAUUGAUUUGAUAAUUGUUUUAAAAAUACAAAAAAAAUGUGGGCUUAAUGUUAGGAAUUUGCCAUAUUUUCCCACUUUUUCAUUAUUAAAAACAUUUUAACAGAAUACAAUUGAUGCUGCAGUUGCCAGACCCCACAUACUUGAUUAUUGUAUAUAUACUGACUUUAAUGUUAUUUUCUAAAUAUACAACGCCAUGUAGGAUCUAAAUGUGCUUUAGAGAAGGUGCCUUUUCGUUUGCUUUUGUCUGGCUCGGGUCGACACACUGGGAGCUGUGCAAAAACUUGUAGUUGUGUUGUUGUUGUUGUUGUUGUUGUGGCUCCACAGAUAUCCUAUAAUAACUGUAUUAUUAAUACAAAAUAAUAAUAUGUUUGGAAAGGACCAGGAGCUGAGGACUGAAUGUUGAUGAACGAGUGUUUGGUGGAACAGUAUUUGUCUAAUUAUUAUCAUGUGUGUGUGUGUUCAUGUUCAUGAUGUGUGUUUACAUGAAGGACAUCUUUCAGGCUCCAGAAGGAUGUUUGUGCAGCCAAUAAUGUUGUCCUUUUUAAAGAUGUUUACUAUUUAAAAGCUCUUAUCAAGUCAAAUCAUUCUAGAAUAUUCACUUACAUGCUCUUGUGACUGCCCCAAGUAACAGAAUGUAUAAUUCUAUUUAAUAAAAACCACCAGACGUCAGCACUUUUGACCUCAUUUUCUCCCUAAUUCAGCCAAGCUACACAUCGUUGCGAUCAUGUUUUCUGUCACCAGAGGGCGCCAUUUUAUCUCUAUAACUUCUAAAGUUAAGUUCUUUAUAGUUAUUUAAUAAAUACAAUAGUAGUGUUUUGUUUUUUAAAUCUGAACUCUAUUACAUUUAGACAGGUUUUUGCUUUUCUAAAACCAAGACAUUUUAUAUAAUUGUAUUAAAAAAAUAACUGUCCUAUAGGGAAUUUGUACGAGCAUUUUGCAGUAAGUCCAUACUGUUUAUAAAAACCUGUUAAAUAUCCGAGGUGUCCCCAACUCAACACGAGGGACGUUAUAAUUAAAUAUGUUUACUAUUUAAAAGCGCUUAUCAAGUCAAAUCAUUCUAGAAUAUUCACUUAAAUUAUCUUGUGACUUCCUCAUGUAACAGAAUGUAUAAUUCUAUUUAAUAAAAACCACCAGACGUCAGCGCUUUUGGCCUC